CGAGCAUAGUGGCAACGAGAUCUAGUGUGGGCCGGAGUGAAGAGAGUUGUUAUCGAAGAAGAGGGAGUGCAGAGCGAGGCAGGAGCAGAACAGGGGGUGUGUGACUGUUUGCGAGGUCCUAAAGGAGCACAACACGGCGUGAAUGAGAGAGGCAAGCUGGCGGACUACAACAUGGCAUCCGGAGAUACGCUGUACAUUGAGACAGACGGCUCGGAGAUGCCGGCCGAGAUCGUGGAGCUGCACGAGAUAGAAGUGGAGACGAUACCGGUGGAGACUAUCGAGACCACGGUGGUCGGUGGGGACGACGACGACGACGACGAGGACGACGACGACGACGACGACGGGCAGCCCAUGAUCGCGCUCCAGCCGCUGGUCACGGACGACCCCAGCUCUAUCCACCACCACCAGGAGGUGAUUCUAGUCCAGACACGGGAGGAGGUGGUCGGUGGGGAUGACUCGGACCUACACACGGACGGCGGCGGCGGGUUCGAAGACCAGAUCCUCAUCCCGGUACCGGCUCCGGGGGUGGAGGACGAGUACAUCGAGCAGACUUUGGUAACUGUGGGUGGAAAGAGCUCGGUGGGUCGGGUGAAACGGGGAGGCGGCACCGGUGGGAAGAAAUCGGGCAAAAAGAGCUAUUUAAGCGGCGCAGAAGCUGGCGGAAGAAAAUGGGAACAGAAGCAGGUGCAAAUAAAGACACUGGAGGGGGAAUUUUCUGUGACGAUGUGGGCAUCGGAUGACAAUAAAGACAUUGACCAUGAGUCAGUGGUGGAGGAGCAGAUUGUCGGGGAUAACUCGCCUCCAGACUACUCUGAAUACAUGACGGGGAAGAAGUUGCCGCCUGGUGGCAUCCCGGGCAUCGACCUUUCAGACCCCAAACAGCUGGCUGAAUUUGCCAGAAUGAAACCCAGGAAAGUCAAAGAGGACGAUGCUCCCAGGACAAUAGCUUGCCCUCAUAAAGGCUGCACAAAGAUGUUCAGGGAUAACUCUGCCAUGAGGAAGCACCUCCACACCCAUGGGCCCCGUGUCCACGUCUGCGCAGAGUGUGGCAAGGCCUUUGUCGAAAGCUCCAAACUCAAGCGCCACCAACUUGUUCACACGGGGGAGAAGCCCUUUCAGUGUACGUUUGAGGGCUGUGGGAAAAGGUUUUCUCUGGACUUCAACCUGCGUACACACGUGCGGAUCCACACUGGAGACCGACCCUACGUCUGCCCUUUCGACGGCUGCAAUAAAAAGUUUGCCCAGUCAACCAACCUAAAGUCUCACAUUCUCACACACGCCAAAGCCAAAAAUAACCAAUGAGAACCCACCCACCAGUGUCAACCCACAGACAACAAGCACCCCAGUGGCACACAGAAAACCUCUCUUGAAGACAGAAUGAAAAGCUUGAGACUUAUUGAUUUAUAUCAAAAAUCGGAAUGAUUGAAAGACUUAAAAAAGACACUGAAAUUCAGCUCGUUUCCCUGCGUCCCCUUUCUUCUGUUGUCAUACUGGAUGAGGAACACGCCACUUUUUCCCACAUCCUGGGCCAACACAGUCCCUUCCUUGCUCCAGUGGCACUCAGUUGCCAGGAGAUGGAACCCACGGAUAAAAAUCGGACUUAUUUUUACCAGAUUGAACACAGAUGACAGCAGUCUACUAGCAUUUUUAUUUUCUCACAUAGCUUUUAUUUUCUUCAAGUGUGCAUAUUGUACACUUGACUCAGGCUAUGAUUAGUCUAAUUGUGUUGAAUUUUCCUUCUGCAUUAUGAAAUCGUACUUAUGAUACAAAAGGCCUUGUGUGACCUCCUUUCACAUGUUUGAGAAGUUUAAAAAACGCUGUCUGUUUGCAUUUCCAUACCCUCUUUGGUUGUAUUUUUCUCUAACCACAAAAUAACCUUGUAUACUUGUACUGUAUGGCUGUAUUGAAAUUACGUAGACAUAGACAGAGGUGUGAUUUAAAGUGUUAACCAGUUAAACUUUUAGUCAUGCAUUGCUUUAUAUUUUCUAUGAACCGUCUUUACACAGUUGAACGAGUAAUAUAAACUUGGAGCCUGUCUCGGUUAAAAGUAUCUGCAGAGUACAGCUCAUUGGCUGCGAGACCAUCACUUUACUUUACUUAGAAUGUAAUGUACAGAUGUCAACCAUUAACUUUCUUUUUGUUGAUAUUUACACUCAUGUAUCUCAACUGCCCACAAUAAAACGGGUCAUUCAAACCCUUUCAAAAUACAA